UUACUGUAAUACAGCUAUAAAACCUAAACGACCCCCCAAUAUUACAAGCAUUACUCCAUUCACUGUGCACCAUCUAAGGGCACUCCCGUAAUUCAACAACAACUUCUCCACAACUAUCUUCCUUUUCAUCAUGUCCGUGAAUGUCAGCUUUUUCAGACAUCCAUAAAAAUCCAACCUGUUGUCUUCUAUCUCUCCUUCGGACCUUCUCUCUUCCGAACUUUGUAUCACCAUCUGCUUGAUUCCAUGUUUGCUCUGCAACAACACAAACAUGCUCUCUUGCUUAUUUCUACUCCUUUCAGUGACGUUUGUGCUCGAUUCGAGCUCAAAUGCUGCUACAACAAUGGCGAAACCCUCGAAUCUCACUUCUUUUACAAGCAAGAAGUUAGAGUCUAGCUCUGUGGAGCUAAUUACUGGAAAUGCUACGAUCUUGAGCGAGAACAGGACAUUCGAGCUCGGAUUUUUCCACACCAAUGAUGAAUCCAAAUGGUAUUUGGGGAUUUGGUACGCUUCAAUCCCUACACCGACCUACGUUUGGGUAGCGAACUGUGAAACUCCGGCGAGAACUCUAGCGUCGGCGAAAGCGCAGAUCACCGCCGACGGCCGUUUAACGGUGAAGGAUUCCGGCGGUGAGAGCCUGUGGCAGACGGAGAACACUGAGAAGGCGGUUCGGGCGAAGCUUUUGGACGAAGGCAAUUUGGUACUUGUCGGAGGUGAUGGGAAAAUUGUGUGGCAGAGCUUCGAUUUUCCGACCGAUACGUGGUUGCCGGGAAUGAAUGUCACGGUCAGGCAUCGGCUGACUUGUUGGAAGAGCUCCGUGGAUCCGUCCCCGGGACGGUAUUCGCUGCGGCUCAAGCCGCCGGAGUACGGCGAGAUUGAGCUUGUGUACAAUGGGACUGAGUCGUAUUGGUCGACCGGAAAUUGGACCGGCAAUGCAUUCACUGGUGUGCCGGAGAUGACGAUACCUUACAUAUAUAAGUUCCAUUUUGUCGAUCCGUUUACGCCCACGGCGUCGUUUGGAUACACGACCACGUCGCUUGAGAGCGGGAUGCGGCCGCCGUUGACGCGCUUCCAAGUCGACUUUUCCGGACAGCUGAGGCAGUUCACGUGGUCGCCGCAGACGGAGAAUUGGAAUAAGUUCUGGACUCAGCCGGAAAAUAUGUGUAGAAUUUACGGGCUUUGCGGGAAUGCAGGGCUUUGCAACACAAGAAUGUUGAGCCCUUGCAAGUGUCUGGCCGGUUUUCAACCCAUCGACGGCGUUGGGUGGGACGCCGGGGACUUUUCCGGAGGUUGUCGGCGCCAGAGCGAUGAUCUUUGCGGAAACGAUGAUGUGUUUGAAGAGAUUGGAGCAGUUAGCUUUGAUGGAGCAAUUACAGUGUCAUUUUCGGGGAGCAGAGGUAUGUGUGAAAGCUCUUGUUUGGGCAAUUGUUCUUGCAUUGGCUUGUUCCACAAUUCAAAGACUAAUCUAUGCAAAAACCUAUUUGGAUCGCUCUUGAAUCUUCGGAAUUUGACAUAUGAUAGCACGAUUAGGGAUGUACUAAACCUAAGAAUACCAAAAGGAGGUGUAAUCAAGAAGGAGAAAAAGAAAGCACUAGUUUUGAUUAGUACAAUUUGUGGGUUUGUACUGUUUUCGGUCAUAACAAUUGUAGCAUUGUUGAUUAUAAGGAAGAGGAGGAUUGAGAGAAAGAAGGAAGAAGAGGAAGCUGUUUUUACAGUCACCAAUUUGAAAGUAUUUUCUUACAAAGAGCUUCAUGUUGCAACUAGGGGAUUCUCCGAGAAACUGGGACAUGGGGGAUUUGGAGCAGUGUUUCGAGGUGAACUAUUGGAUUCUACUUUGGUGGCAGUGAAAAGACUCGAACGACCAGGUGGUGGUGAGAGGGAGUUUCGAGCAGAAGUGUGCACAAUUGGGAACAUUCAGCAUGUCAAUCUUGUGAGAUUGAGGGGGUUUUGUUCAGAAGAUUCUCACAGGCUACUGGUUUAUGACUACAUGCCCAAUGGUCCUCUGAGUGUGUAUUUGAGGCGCGAUGGCCGGAGUUUGAGUUGGGAUGUUAGAUUUCGCAUUGCAAUUGGAACGGCAAGAGGCAUUGCUUAUUUACAUGAGGAGUGUAGAGAUUGUAUCAUACAUUGUGAUAUUAAGCCCGAGAAUAUUCUAUUAGAUGAUGAUUUCUCCCCAAAGGUGUCAGAUUUUGGGCUAGCAAAGCUCAUCUGUAGGGACUUCAGUAGAGUUUUAGCCACCAUGAGGGGUACUUGGGGCUAUGUUGCACCCGAGUGGAUUUCAGGCGUUGCUAUUACUGCCAAAGCUGAUGUGUAUAGCUACGGAAUGACGUUGUUGGAAUUAAUAGGUGGACGCCGCAAUGUGGAGGGGCCUCCAUCAGCUGGAGAGGGUGGAAACGGGGAGAAGUGGUUUUUUCCGCCAUGGGCAGCACGCCAUAUAAUUGAGGGAAAUGUGUCGAAUGUGGUUGACGAGAGGCUUGGUGACAUGUAUAGUGUAGCAGAGGCAGAGCGGUUAGGAUUGGUAGCAGUGUGGUGCAUACAGGACGACGAGGCAAUGAGGCCUACAAUGGGUAUGGUGGUGAAAAUGUUGGAAGGGGUAGUGGAGGUGAAUGUCCCACCACCACCAAAGCUACUUCAAGCAUUGGUUUCAGGUGAGUCAUUUCAUGGGGUUGGGGCUGGUUCUGCCAACAGGAUAUCAAGGAGUGGCGGUGGCUGUUCUGACAAUAAAGUCCAACUCUCUGGUGAUUCAAACACUUCCAAUCCUCUCUCUCAGGUCAAUGAGAAACUUUAACUAACAUGUUUGGUGAGAUAAAUUGACUAAAGCUUAUUGCGCCACAAGUCUUUGUUAGUUCACCUUCCAUAGAUUUUAGUAUUCUUUUUCUUUUGUCCC